GGGAGGACUUUACCAUCAGGGGCAGAUAGUAGGACUUGUUUGUCUAUAAGAUGCUGGUGUAGAACAAGCAUCUUAUAAUAUUUUUAAAGGGUGGAAAUUGAAAUCUUGACUGCAAUGUUACACAGAUAAGCAAGGAAUAUUUACUGAGUGACCAAGUGGCAGAUUUUUAUUACUGACUAAUGAACUUUAUUGAUAUCAGGUUAUGCGGCUGUGUCUCAAUCCUGAUAAAGGAGUUUGCUGGGGUUUGUCAGAGAUAGGGACAUAGCCUUUUCAAUGUAAUUGUUCUGGAAAGAGAUGUCCACACCUUAAAGCUAAUAUAAAGGGUUGGAGUUGCACCGGCAGUCUCGUUUGGCACCUUCUUCCCGUCAGGCAAAAUGAAAGUCCUUGUGGUGUUUCUGGUGUUGGCCAUCUUUGGGACACAAUCUCAUGGAUAUGAGGUUUAUAACAUCAUCAGCCCAAGCAACAAUGGUGGCAAUCUUCAGGAGACAGUGACAAUCGACAAUCAAAAAAAUAUUGCCAUCAUUAACAUCCAUACAGGUUCAUGCUCCUCUACCACGAUUUUUGACUAUAAACAUGGCUACAUCGCAUCCCGGCUGCUCUCCCGAAGAGCUUGCUACAUCCUGAAGAUGGACCAUAAGGCGAUCCCUGCUCUAGACAAACUAGAACGAUACAUCUAUGAGAAACAGGCUGUGAAGAACAUGUACUCUGACAAAUACUUCUGGGUCAAAUACAGCCCCCUGCAGUCCUUAAUCAUCGACAUAGACUGGUUCCUGAUCGGUUCCCCAAUCAGGCAUCUCUGCAGUCACAUCCCUCUGUACAAGGGGGAAGUGGUUGAGAAGAUAGAAAACGUCAGUACUCGCUCCUGCUCCAAGACUGGAUUCCUGGGCAUCUUUGGAUUCUCCAUCUGCGCAAGCGUGAGCGCUUAAGCCCCCCAACUCCCGCCCCCACCACCCUGUGUCGUCUUUUCUAAGACACGCGCCUUUGUUUUCCACUCAGCAGCCAAAUUAAGUUCUUUCCCAAUGCCCCAACUAAUAUUGAGACUCAGUGGUAAAACAUAAAUCCUGUAUCUACAGAUCUCUGGGUGUUUGCUU